CGGGGCCCUCUGAGCGGGUGCCCAGAAGAGCUACGCGGCAAUUUCCCGCUUCUCCCUUUUGGUCUCCCUCGAGUGAGUCCCCCGAGGUAUGCACACCGGGGGAGAAGCGCACCUGCUGAGUGUCAGCAGACGAACGGAGCUCACCCCACUCUCACCACACACACAGAGACCCCACCAACAUGCACGGCGACAUUAAAAACGAUAUUAUUAAGAGCCUGCCCUUUACGUUCAGCAGGGUGGAGCUCACCCCCCGCGAUGGGAGGGGGCAGAAGGGGGAAGCGAAACAGACCAACAGUGGUGACGCCCCCCCGCACGUUGUGGGCGGUGCUCAGGAUGGCCACACUGAUGAGAGCGGCGAAACGGAUGGGAGCGGCGGAACUGAUGGGAGCGUCGAAACAGAUGGGAGUAGCCCCCCUGAGGGGACCGACCAGCCCAACUACGAGGAAUACGCAGGGGGGGGAAUAGCAAAAGACAAGAGAAGGAAAAGAAAAAAAACUUCAAAGGGCAGCCGCUUCACCGACCAGGUGAACAAACACCACUCGCAUGAACUGGGACAUGCCCGAAAUAGGAAAAAAAAAAACUUCGCGAGAAAAUCGGCCGCGACCCCCCGCAAGCAGCAUCACCUGUGCGCGCAGGCACGCGGGAGAGACACGGCAAGCAGAAGUGGGGAGCGAGACGGAGGAGAUCGCCAGGGAGGGGAUCGCCAGGGAGGGGAUCACCAGGGAGGGGAUCGCCAGGGAGGAUAUCUCCAACGAGGGGAUCCUCACCCUGACGCGGUUAACGAACGGGCGUAUGUAACUAUAGAGAGAAGCAAGCUGAGCAACUGGCGAGUGAAAAAUUACCUUGACGUUGAUAGGCUGAGCUUGUCCGUUUCGACGAGCAGCAUGGGGGACGAGGCCGCGGGAGAGGAGGGCGAUUCGUCUAGCGAUGGGGCGAGCGGUCGAGGAAAUGACAUCUUCGGCGAGUCCCUUUUUUCCUCCUUCAACCUGAGCUUCGACCCCUUCGGGGGGGCCACCGAUAAGACGGCGGUAGGGUUGGCGGUAGACUCGGCGGCACAUCCAGGGGAGGGCUUCCCCAGCGAUGCCCGCUUCACCGAUGCCGGGAGGGUCUCUCCAAAUCGGACUGGCACCGACCAGAGGGUAGCCAACCCCCCCCUUCACGUGGACGCAGCCCACUCACCGGAGGAAGACAAGGACCUGCACCUUUUCGACUCCCUAAAAAACUUCUACGCUAAUCAAAACAAAAAAGUGAAGCUCAUCAACUACAGCAAGAUUUUAAAUACAAGUCUGUGCAAGCGUGUGCAGGAUGCCGUGGAGGGCCAACCGGACGGGGUGCUCCAGACGAGCAGCGGGGGGAGCGGUAGGAGGAGGAGCGGCAGGGAUGGUAGGAAAGACGCACGUAAUCGGGGGGAUGGGAAAAACGCAGAUGGUCGGGGGGACCCCCCGCUCGGCCCAAAGCUGACCGAGCACAACGUAAAGGCGAUUAUUAUGAAUAUAAAGAAGAGGCUCGGCUUCUACUCGGGGGAGGAGCGGAAAGAGACUCAAGGGAGGAAGCCGCGACGGGAGAGGCGCCACGAAACGCGGCGUGAUGAGCUGCUUAACGAGCGGCACCCCGCGACGCACGCGAAGAACCCCCCCUUCUGCGACAGCCUAAAUUACUCAAGGGACGAGCCGCUGUCCGAUAGCGUAACGAGCGAGCUGCGCAAUGGGGAAGAACCCGAGUCAGUCGAAAAAGUAGUUGCAAAAGUAGAUGCAGCUAGCCAAAGUGCGCAGAGACGGGUUCACAAGGGAAACAGCCAUAACCUCCUUAAUUACAAAAGCUUCGUUUCAGAUGAUUUUAACUUACCAAACGAUGGGGAUGAUCUCCUCGGCUCGUCCGCAUAUCAUAACAGCCAAGGGGGAACCCCCCCGUCGUCCUCCAGCGAAGGGUGCGUGAGCACAGACGAUGAAGACGUGUUCGCUUUGUCUACGUCAUCGGUGCAGUUUAAGCGGAGCUUUUUGCGGGCCAUAGGGCGGGCCUCCGACGAGGUGGGCCAAGCCCACUCUGGUGAGGAAGCCCACACGGAUGGUGGCCCCCCCGCGGAGCCCCCCCUAGGGCACACCCCAACGAAGCAAAAAGAAAGAAACUGCCAAGAGGUAUUAAAAAGGGAGGAGUUACCACCAGGGACGGAUCACAAUUGUUUUGGAAGCACCCCCUCUUCAGAGGAGAGUCCCCCAAAGGGAUGCAUUCUCGAUGGAGAGGGGGGCCUUUCAAAGGUUUCUUUUAACAUUAGUGAAGACACUAAGAAAGAAAAAAUGGCAAAAUUAAUUUCAUGUGGAGAGAAGUACGAUGGGGAAGUGGGUACCUAUACGGGUGGGUCGCCCAAAGAUUGUGCAAACGAGGAGCAGCAGCAGUCUACGUGCAACGGAAGCAACUCCCAAGGGGGUGAGGAAAACGAGUCUAACGGGCUUCGCAAAACGGAAGGGGUAGACACCUCAUCACAAGAGAUGAACGCCUUCAUGCUGGACGCCUUCGACAAUCAAGUUAGGCACCUCAAUGAAUUGGUGGCGAGCAUUUUUUCCUGA